AUGGAGGCAAAGGAAUUCAAGGAGUUUGCGAAAGCGAUGACGGACUACAUCGCAGAAUACCUUGAAAACAUACGAGAUCGGCAAGUGGUGCCAUCUGUAAAGCCAGGAUAUCUGAGACCAUUGGUGCCGGAACAAGCUCCAGAGAAACCGGAACCUUGGACCGCAGUAAUGGCGGAUAUUGAACGGGUUGUCAUGUCAGGAGUCACACAUUGGCAUUCGCCUAAAUUUCACGCGUACUUCCCCACUGCCAACUCAUAUCCCGCUAUAGUAGCUGAUAUGCUGAGUGGGGCAAUUGCCUGCAUUGGAUUUUCAUGGAUUGCAAGUCCUGCUUGCACUGAGCUCGAAGUCGUGAUGUUGGAUUGGCUGGGUCAGAUGCUUGGUCUUCCUGAAGAGUUCUUGGCCCGUUCUGGUGGCGAAGGUGGCGGUGUUAUUCAAGGGACUGCCAGUGAAGCCACACUGGUCGCUCUACUUGGAGCGAAGUCGAAGGCUAUGCAUCGUAUCAAAGAGCAACACCCCGAAUGGACUGACGUGGAAAUCUUAUCUAAACUUGUUGGCUAUUGCAACAAACAGGCACACUCUUCGGUAGAACGAGCAGGUCUCCUAGGAGGCGUAAAGCUGCGGUCACUAAACCCUGACAGCAAGCGGAGUUUAAGAGGUGACACACUCAGGGAUGCGAUAAAGGAAGAUAUCAAGAAUGGUCUCAUUCCAUUUUGCGCUGUGGCUACUUUAGGUACCACAUCAACUUGUGCUUUCGAUGCUCUUGAUGAAAUCGGUGACGUAUGUCGCGAAAAUGAUAUCUGGCUGCAUGUCGAUGCAGCGUACGCUGGUUCAUCAUUCAUAUGCCCCGAAUACCGAUACCUAAUGAAAGGUAUAGAAAAAGCCGACUCGUUCAACUUUAACCCCCACAAGUGGCUACUAGUUAACUUUGACUGCUCCGCUAUGUGGCUGAAACAGCCCCGUUGGAUCGUUGAUGCAUUUAACGUUGACCCUCUGUACUUAAAACACGAUCAGCAGGGAUCAGCGCCUGAUUACAGACAUUGGCAAAUUCCUCUGGGGCGUCGUUUUAGAGCUCUUAAGCUGUGGUUCGUCCUAAGAUUGUAUGGAAUUGAAAACCUUCAAAACUUCAUCCGUAAACACAUUGCAUUGGCACAUUUCUUCGAGAAACUUUGUGGCGAAGAUGAGAGAUUCGAAGUUGUUGAGGAAGUUCUCAUGGGCCUUGUCUGUUUUAGACUAAAAGGCGAUAAUGAUUUAAAUGAAGCGUUAUUGAGACGUAUUAACGGACGAGGAAAAAUUCACUUGGUUCCAUCAAAAAUUGACGAUUCAUACUUCCUACGAUUGGCUAUUUGUUCCCGUUUCUCCGAGGAGAGUGAUAUACAAGAAUCUUGGGAGGAAAUUAAGGCUUCGGCUAGUGAUGUUUUGACAGAAAACAAAUGA